CAAAUUUCGUUUGCUGUCGUGGCGUUGAAACAUAGAAAGUUUAACUAAACGUUGAGUUAAUUCUCUAUUAAAAACACAACUAAACACAUUCAACAUGAGUCGCCAGAUGUUUGCGCUUUGCCUGAUUGCCGUGGUAUGUGCCACUGGUGCCUAUGGAGCUAGCUGCAAGGCCAAAUUGUCGGCGUUCAGCACACAGGACGCCACGAUUCUUACUCAAUUGGCGCACGUAGCCGAAUUCACAUUGGAAUGCAGCAAGUCGGAGCAGCCUACUCUGUUCGCUGAAUUCCCCUGUGGCAAGGUUGUGCCUGUGGCCAAGGUUGGCGACAGCAAAUACCAGGUGAGCUGGGUGGAGGACAUUAAGCACGGCAGCAGCGGCAAUGUGCAAGUGCGUCUCUUCGAUGAGGAGGGUUAUGCUAAUGUGCGCAAGACUCAGCGUGAUGGUGGCAAGGUUUCAUCGGUCAAGUCGCUGCUGGACAUCAGCGUGCCCACAAAGAGCGCCUACAAGGGACCCUGGAUCAACGCUGAGCUGUUGGCUGCCUUCAUGGUUGGCGGCGUUGCCUACUUUGCCUUCACCACCAAGGGCAAAGUGCAGUCCUAAGACUACAGACUGUCUGCACAGAUUUUUUGAAUGAAAUUCAUUCACCAUUAACAAAUAGCAACAAAUUAAUGAAAUUAGACUGUCACGGGAGUUUCCAUAGCCAUCUUUAAAUCGUGUUGAAUAAAAGUUCAAAAGUCCAUCAA